AUGGGGAAGUCUGACAUCCUCAUUUACAAAUCAGCAAAAAGCUCUACUCAUUUGUAAAAAAGAAUUACAAUGAAGCCAUUUACACAGUAAGUGUUGUAAUCUUCAUUUAUCGCUAUACUUUGAAUAAAAUAUUCAUUAGCUGGGGAGGAAGGUUUCAGCCACUGAGAAGUCUUGUAAAGACAUGCAAAACAGACAGCUGAUCAGAGAAGAAAGCUGGAGUUAAAUUGACCAGGAACUGACAGGUAUUUCUACCUUUUCUCACACUUCCCUGUCAAAUACUUUUAAAGAAUUUCCCUUCAAAGGGAUGACAUUCUCUACCAUCGUAAGAUUUAGGAAUUGAUCACUGUAUUGAAGGCAUUAAAGAUCAUAUAGUGCUACAAGAUGUACAGACCACAAGCUUGUGAGGUGUGCUUGGAUCACCACAUAGCUACAGUAAAAAUUCUAAGAAGUUUUCAACAGCACAGUCAUGGGGGUUACCAGGUGUCUGUACUGCAAAAGAGUGAAACCAGAGAAAGCUUGGUAACUACGGGAAUGCAGUCUGAGAAGAAUGUGGGAGAACAAGCAUCUGCCUUGCAAGAAGCUAACUUUGGACCUUGCAGAUAUAACCAUUCAGUUUCUGUGUCGGUGCAGAGUACACUCUUCAGACCAGUCUGUUCUGAAAGAUCAAGGCAAAAGAUGUGUCCUAUUGCAGUAAGGGUUCGACAGCAGAGACUAUCUCUUUUAACAGAUAUUAUAUCACAGCUGGUGGAUGUUGAACAGAAUCACAUCAGUUCUGUUAUUAAGGAACAUAAUAACUUCUCAUUUCAUCCAAAGGACAGUAUUGAGCUGAGGAAUAUCUGCUGCCAUAUGGUAUUACAAACAACCACUGGGCUACAGUUUGACUCUGAUCUUAAGGAAGGAUUUCACUGUUUAAAGACUAUUGUCACAAAGCUAUUAGAGUCCAUUUCUGCUAUCCAGUCAGAAUCUCACCAUGCAGCUGCAGCUAAAUCCACUCUGCAACAAAUCCUCCGGUUGUUCCCUGAUAUUUAACAUCCUUCAGCAAAGGAAAAAUAUGGAGGUGAUAGGGCAAAUAUGUCUGGGGCUUUUUCAAAUUAAAUUGUGAGAAGUAGAAGCUAUUGCAUACACAAUACUUGAUUUUAAUCAGUGUUUCACACUACUUGUUCAGCCACUGUGAGUUAAUAAUCAUUGCUUGAAAAUAAAAUGCACUCUCAGAUACAAAUGCACUCUGCCAGCUAUCUAAUAGUUGUACGUCAAUGUCGUGCAUGUUACAGCUGGCCACUAUUGAUGAAACAAGUGAUACAGCACAUUUAAAAUAAUAAACUGCAGGCAUUAUGUGUCUCAUGAUGGAAACCAUAAAUGACUUGUCUCUACAAGUAUCCCUCCAAACUAUCAGAAUUUAAAUAUAUUUCCUAGUUUAGAAAAACAAAAUACUGUGACAGUAUUAAUUGCAUCAAAAAUAUGUUUUUUGUGUUCAUUUUUUGUGUCUGACCAUUAUAUACUGGUUUGUUAC